AUGAAGUACAGCCGAAACAAACUUCUAGAACUCAAUGACGCUGCAUUUCGUCAACUUCCAGCAGCAUUCAUCAUCCCUGCCGAGAUCACCAGAUCAACAUCCAGCACUCCCGGGGAUGAGAAGCGGAGGAGGAGACGCUGUAAGCGGCUACAUAAGAGGGGAAAACGCCGACCUCUCGAACGCCCGUUCGAUCCGCUACAAGAUGGACAAGAUCCAACUGGAACUAGCUACACAAAAAUGGAUAAACAACUGCUGCAGCCUAAUUUUCAUGGAAACCUGGCUGGAUAACAUGACCCUGUCCUCGGCUAUUGAGCUAGCCAGCCGCACUGCCUACCGAGUGGAAAGAACAGCUGACUCGGGUAAGAAGCUAGGAGGAGGUCUGUGUAUCUAUAUCAAUGACUUGUGGUGCACUAAUGUCACGGUUAUUUGCAAACAUUGUUGCCCCGAUGUGGAAGUUUUGCUGCUCAAAUGUAGACUGUUCUAUUUACCAUGAGAAUUCUCUGCUGUUUACAUCUGUGCAGUUUACAUACUACCCGAUGCCAAUGCUAAGCUAGCACGAGCCAGACUACAGGACAUUGUAAACAAAAGCCUAGUGGCACAUCCUGACAGUAUCUUUAUUGCGGUGGGGAAUUUUAAUCACGCCGACUUAAAGGCUGUACUUCACUCUUUCCAUCCUAAUGUGAAAUGUGCUCUAGAGGGAGGAACACACUGGAUCAGGUAUACCAGGUAUACCAACGUAGCCAAGGCUUACAGAACCCAGGCAUACCCCCACCGGGUGUGACCAUGUUUCACUCCUCCUACACCCUUGGUACACCCCCAAAAUCAGGGCCAGUAGACCCGCAGUCAGGUCUGUUAGGAUCUGGCCUGUGGAUGCCAUCCCUAGGCACCUGGACUGCUUCAGCUCCACCAACUGGGACAUUUUCAGUGGACCAGGAGUGUUGUCACGUAGGUCCCUGAAUAUUUUCUCAGUCUCAGUCCUGGAUUACUUCAACUUUUGUGUGGACAUUGUUACAUCUUGGAAGCAGAUCUGUGUCUACCCCAAUGUCAAGUCAUGGUUGACACCUAUGGUACAAUUACUAUUAAGAGCCAGGAAUGCAGCAUACAUAACUGGUGACUCCAAUGCAUAAAGUGCAGCCAGAGCAGAGCUGAGGAACGGCAUCAGAUCUGCCAAGCUAGCGUAUAAGACCCGCAUUGAAGCUCAGUUCAACAGUGCCUCAUGCCCCCGACAGGUGUGGGAGGGUGUUAGGGCGAUAACGGACUACAAGGGCAGAACAUCCCCCCCUAUCACCAUCUUAAACCUGUCUCUGGCCUCAUCUUGGGUCCCAGCAUGUCUCAAGGCAGCAACCAUUGUCCCGGUUCCCAAGAAACAAAAUGUCACAGGUCUGAAUGACUACAGGCCCGUGGCACUCACCCCUACCUUUGCAAAAUGUUUUGAGAGACUGGUCAUGAAACACAUUAAAACCUCCAUACCACCGUCAUUUGAUCAUAAUCAUUUCGCAUACCGGAAGAACAGGUCGACAGAGGAUGCCAUUGCUAUUGUGUUGCACACUCUACAUCUUGAGCCCAGGAACAUAUAUGGAAGGCUCCUCUUUGUUGGCUUUAGUUCAGCAUUCAACACUAUACUCCCAAACAAGCUACACAGAAAGCUACACAAACUUGGACUGAACACCACAUUAUGCAACUGGACUUUGGACUUUCUAACGGAUCGCUCACAACAUGUCAGGAUUGGCAAGCACAUCUCCCGCACCCUGCCCAUGAACACCAGGUCCCCCCAGGGGUGUGUGCUCAGCCCACUUUUCUAUACACUUUUCACCCAUGACUGUUGUGCCCUCUCACCAUCUAACCUCAUUGUAAAAUUUGCAGAUGAUACUACAGUACUUGGUCUCAUCACUGGAAAUGAUGAGACAUCAUACAGGAGGGAAGUAGAGAGGUUGGUGGAAUGGUGUGGAGAUCACAACCUGGCUCUUAACACCACCAAGACCAAGGAGGUACUAUCAAUUUCCGUAGGGCCAGGCGCGCCAUCCACGCUCCACUCCUAAUCGGAGAGGAGGCGGUGGAGAGGGUGUCUACUUUCAAGUUCCUGGGCAUGACUGUGGCUGAUUACCUGUCCUGGGGGACCAACAUCACCUCGGCUGUGAGUAAGGAACAACAACGCCUUUUCUACCUCAGGAAAUUAAAGAGGGCAAAACUGCCACAGGGACUUAGGGUAAACUACCAUGCCGCAGUAGAGAGCAUGCUCACCUCCAGUCUACUGUUGUGGUUCUCCAGCUGCACCAAGGCAGACAAGGAUGCACUCCACAGAGUGGUCAAGGCUGCGGAGAGGAUCAUUGGGAAGAGCCUCUCAGAGAUCUUGGCAGUAUUCACCUCCCGCUGCCUUUGCCGGGUGAACAACAUCUUACUGGACCAGUUCCUCCAAGCACACCAUCUUUUCCAGAGACUGCCCUCUGGUAGAAGAUUCCAGUCCAUCCGCUCCAAGACCAGCAGACUGACCAACAGCCUGUACCCUCAUGCUGUCAGACUGCUCAACGAACAACCACCCCCCAUCCCAUCCCAUUCCCAACAUCCCUUGGUAACAUAACUCCACCACCUCCAUAACUACCAUCAAUAACUGUGACCUGGACUGCAUUGCUGCACUUUACACUACUCACCAUCUUAUGAUCUUAUGCAGGAGCGAAAAGAGUCAGCUCAGCACUUUUAACCCAUUUGAUGUGGGGCAUGAACCAAAGGAGGGGGAGCUCGUGCACCCAUUCAUUGUUCACAGCGGGGGCUGACCAGGCUGGCAAGAGAAUUGAUUUUAACUUGCGGGAUUAAUAAGCGAGUUGGGUCUAAUUUACUCACUCACUAUGAUUAAUGCUGUUUAUCAAAUCACAUAUGAUAUAGUUUCACUUCAUAGUUUCUUAUGAGCAGAUGCAUCAAACCAUAACAUUAAAUGCAAGGUAAACUUUAAUCACCCGUUUUCCUGGUAGUCUAUAACCUGAGGAUUAAGAAGCUCUUUGAAAGUUAGAGAGGGAUGAAAACCAAGUUAUCUUUCUGACAGAAACACCAUCACGCAUAAGAAACACAUAUGUGAUAACACUCAAUUGUAAUAUAAACUUGUCAAUCUGUACUUAGUUAAUGAUUAAGAUAUAUAUUCUGAUGAGGUAGACAGGCAUAGCGUUAAAACGAUCAAAACAUUCUUAACUCAUGUAUAAAAGAGUUUUCAGUUACUACUUCUCAUAUUGCUAACCUACUUUGGGAAAACCAUUCACUAAGCUACAAAGUAUACACAUGCAACAUAAUUAAAUAAAGGAAUGACCAGAAUCAAAUUCGGAGGACACCACUAGGGGGAGCUCUUGGUCCAUCGAAAACCUGGAAUAAAUUUGUGAAGUUAGCAGUUUGGCUAACAGAGUCACUGCAUUUCUUUGAGGGUUAAUUAAAGAUGAGAGAGCAGAAACCAGUUGUCUGCUACAAACUAAAACCUUCAAAAGGGAAAAAUAUAAAAUAAAAAAACUAAAAUAUUCUGGUUGCAUAAAUAUGCACACCCUUAAACUAAUACUUUGUUGCAGCACCUUUGGCUUUUAUUACAGCACUCAGUCUUUUUGGGUAGGAGCCUAUUAGCAUGGCACAUCUUGAUGUGGCAAUAUUUGCCCACUUUUCUUUGCAAAACCGCUCCAAAUCUGACAGAUUGCGAGGGCAUCUCCUAUGCACAUCCCUCUUCAGAUCACCCCACAAAUGUUUGAUGGGAUUCAGGUCUGGACUUUGGCUCAGCCAUUCCAAAGUCCCAGUCUUAUUCUGGUGAAGCCAUUCUUUUGUUGAUUUAGAUGUGUGCUUUGGGUCAUUGUCACCCUGACUAAGGCAUUUUCCCACAUGUGUUUGGGAGAUUUCAGAUGUCUUUUUGCAAAAUUAAGCCGGGCUUUGAUGUUUUCCUUUGUAAGAUAAGGCUUCUGUCUUGCCACCCUACCCCAUAGCCCAGACAUAUGAAGAAGACAGGAGAUUGUUGUCACAUGUACUACACAGCCAGUACUUGCCAGAAAUUUCUGCAGCUCCUUCAGUGUUGCGGUUGGCCUCUUGGUAGCCUCCCUGACCAGUUUUCCUCUCGUCUUGUCAUCAAUUUUGGACGGAUGUCCUGUUCUUGGUAAUGUCACCAUUGUGCCAUAUUUUCUCUACUUGAUGAUAACGGUCUUCACUGCGUUCCAUGGUAUAUUUAAUUGUUUGGAAAUUAUUUUGUAGCAUUCACCUGACUGAUAUCUUUGAAUAACUAGAAAAGCACUCUGAGAGCGCAGACCUCUGCCAAGCAGCUCAUGUCCCCCCUUAUAUUGUGAUUCACACCAAAACUUUUACUGUUAUGUGUCUUUUAUUAACUUUUAUUAGUGUUUAAAAUGGUAUGUUCACUGUUCAUAACGUUCCUAAAACAAGAAAUGCCCUGACCCAGAUUCGAACCCAGGACCUUCUUGCUGUGAGGCGACAGUGCUAACCACUACACCACUGUGCUGCCCAUCUAUACCACCGAGCUGCCCAUUGGUUAUCUUUCAGCAUUGAAAAUUCCAACGACACCCUUAUUUUUGUGUGUUCUGGAUCACAGUAUCUGGAAUUUAUCUGGAUCCGAAUCAACCUUUGACACCUCAUAAAACUCAUUGAGAUCCUUUUGUGUAAUAUUUUACUAAAGACUCAGGGCAAAUUUUGGAAUUUUUGCAUUUAACUCUAUAAAAAUGGCCAAUCUCACAAUGAUAAAGAAUCCUUCAAAAAAUUCCUGGAUCCAGAAGGCAAUCCGGAUCACCACCAAAAUGUCAUGGGAUCAUCCUGGGGCUGAGACGCACCUCUAGUGAAAAUUUCAGGUCAAUCCGUCUGUAACUUUCUCCGUAAAGUUGUUCACAGACAAACAAACAUCUGAAAGUUGUGGGGGCACUCCUCUAAACUCAACUGCCACCCCGGAUUUCAGCACACCCUCGAAUUCCUUCAGCAGCGGUUCUGGUGGCCGGGGAUGGUCCGGACGUAAGGGCGUUUGUUGCUGCCUGCUCCGUCUGUGCCCGAGGUAAAGCCUCCCACCAACCUCCGGCUGGCUUGCUGCAUCCCCUGCCUGUGCCCUCACGCCCCUGGUCUCACAUAGCCCUAGAUUUUGUCACUGGUCUCUCCCCUUCUGAAGGUAACACAGUCAUACUCACCAUCAUAGAUAGAUUUUCCAAGUGCAUUAUGUCCUGUUACCCAAGCUCCCAUCUGCUCUAGAAACUGCUAAACUCCUAGUGUCUCAUGUGUUCCACCUACAUGGUAUCCCCCUUGCCAUAGUGUCAGAUUGUGGACCCCCAUUCUCCUCCCAGGUCUGGAAAGCUUUCUGCCAGGCAGUGGGCGCGGCAGCUAGCCUCUCCUCGGGCUACCACCCGCAGACCAACGGCCAGAUGGAGCGGGCCAAUCAAAACCUCGAGUCGGCCUUGCGGUGUGUGGUGGCCCAUCAUCCAGCAUCCUGGAGUACUCACCUCCUGUGGAUCCAGUACGCACAUAACUCCCUCACCUCCUUGGCCACAGGUAUGUCUCCCUUCAUGUGCUGUUUUGGGUACCAGCCCCCCCUGUUUCCCGAACAGGAGCACCCGGUGGCUGUCCCGUUGGUGAGGGAGCUCAUUGGGCGUCUACGGGAGGUGUGGAGAUCCGCCAGGGCCGCACUCACCCGCACGGCCGAACGUAACAAAUGCCUGGCUGAUGUUCACCACUCUCCAGCACCAGACUAUUGUCCCGGUCAGAUGGUCUGGUUAUCAUCGCAUGACCUUCCCCUGCAGACCGAGUCCCGCAAGCUGUCCCCCCGCUUCAUUGGUCCCUUCCCUAUCCAGAGAAUUAUCAACCCUUCAGCGGUAAGAUUGAAACUUCCUUCAUCCCUCAAAAUUCACCCCACGUUUCAUGUCUCCCUGAUAAAGCCUGUCACCUUGUGCACCCUGAGCCCUCCUUCCGUCGCCCCUCUACCCCCCUGGUUGAUUGACGACCACCCUGACUUCACUGUAUGUGCUGCCUCGGGGACGAGGCUUCCAAUACCUUGUGGAUUGGGAGGGUUACGGGCCAGAGGAGCAGUCCUGGACCAUCAAUUCCUUGACGACCUCUGCGCCGCUUACCCCAACAAACCCAGCAGAACGCAAAGAGGUGUUCGUUGAGAGGGGGGUACUGUGGUGAGAUGCCUGCUCCUUUUGUUUUAUUUUGGUUGGACUUCCUGUGUUUCUUUGUUUGCCUGGCCUGGCGUGACUCUUCCAGAGCUCCCUCCCCUCCCCCGGUCGCUGAGGUUGAGUGAGUCUCCACAACUGCUCUACAUCUGCAAUCAAGGCACUUUAAGAAGCCAGCAGCCCUCAGUCUCAGCGUCUGAGUAUUGUCUUCACUCCCAAGUGGUACAGACGUCUCUCCUGGCCUUCCUCAGAUAAUUACUUGCGACUUUUUACUCCCCGUGAUCCCUUGUAUGUCUUCUCACCUCCUUCUCCUCUGUUUUCUCUGCAGUGUCUCCAGCCCACAAAACAGCCAGCCAACAAACUGGACUUUUUCCUCGUGCUUUUUUUCCCUGAGUUGGACAUUAAACACCUUUAAUUUGCUAUCUGCCUCUGUGUCUGCUUCUGGGUUCACAAAAUACACUGCACACAACAAAAGUAGCCACAUCCCCAGUUAUAAAAGGGUGUGCACACUUCAGUAACCACAUUAUCUCAGUUGUUUAUUUUUCUUCACCUCCCUGAAAGAUUUUGGUUUGUUUUUCAAUUGUGUUGUACGGAUUAUAGGUCACAUUAAAGGCAGAAAAAGUUGUGAAUUUAUUUAUCUUGAUGUAACUUUUUUACAUGACAAAACCUGGCAUUUAAACAGGGGUGUGUAGACUUUUUAUAUCCACUGUAUUCACUAAUGUAGGUAAUUGUAAUAUAAACAUUAUAGUUAUUGCUCUCUAGCAUGCCUUUUAUUUCUGAAAAACCCAUCACUAUUAUCUCUAUUCUGCAGAAAUAUUUCAGCCAGUGUGGCACCAGAGUAAGGUGAUGUUGCCUUGAGCUGAUUCACUCACUGAUAAAUGGGUAAUUAUCUAAUUGAGAAGUCUUUCAGCUCAUCAUACGAUUUAUUGAAAAAACAGGAAGACACUCUUUUCUUUGAAUGGAUGAUCAUGAGCUAAAGUGGGGAAAGCUACUGUAAAGUGGUGCUUCUGGACUUCUCUCCUUACUCUGUUGGGAGCAAAGUGGCCACAUGCUUCAUCUAGCACCAUCCUCUUAAUAAUUUACUAUCACACAAUAAAAUACCUUUCACAGCAUUUUACCAGUGUAUUUGCACUGGUGUUUGGGCUACGGCUUGUUUUAUUGACUUAAAGACAGGCAUGAAAACUUGGUCUUCUGGAGCAGAUUUUACCGUAGUUGUCUGAAAAGCACAAAAGUUCAAAAGCUAACUUGGGGGACACCUUGCAGGCAGCUGGAGGCACAAACCUGUCACUCAAAGCUGCACUACUAAUUAAUAAAUGACUUUAAAAGAUUUGUACCCUUCAGAAAAAUGGAUCAUGACCCCCGUAGAGCAGUCAAGAAUUGGAGAGUUGCCUAUGGAGACCAACACUCUGUGUCUGAAUCUACUGUAACUUUGAAUAAUUGAAGAUGAGGCCUCGAGGGGCUUUCUUUGUAUUUGGAGCCAGCCCAGAGGAGAGGUUGAAAGUACUGCAGAUUCUCUUUUUUCACACUCUAGCAUUAUUUUUUCAGCCCAGGAGGUUUGAGAUUGAUGCACACAUGCAGGCUGUACCUGAUCCACUUUCAGCACAUCUCCACGAGAGUCUCCUCUGGACAGGUGCUGGGAUUCUAUCAGAGAUUCAAUGAUGUUUUCUCAUGUAAACACAUCUUAGAUAUGUGCAGCCACAGAUAGAAAUGAUCCAGAAUGAGGCUGCUAUCAGAUGAUAUCAGAUCCUAUGUAUGUAGUUUGGCUGCUGCAGGAGUAGAGCUGGUAUAACCUGAGGGCGGAAUGAGAUGAAAGAACACUUGUGUAGCAGAAACUGAAUCGCACAGAGUGGAGCGCUGCAGGUCUGCGAGCCCUGCUGCCCACAGAUAAUAAAAUGCAUAUGGCUGCAGCAGAAAUAGGGUAGAGGUAACUAAAGAUUAGCCAGUGAACCAGCAGAGUCAUAGGGUAGAUGGUGAAAACAGGAAAUUCAUUCAGCACAGAGGGGCUGUGUAAGAGCAACAACUUCAUCUGACCCUUUUUUAAAAUGCAUUAUUCAUCAGUAUUAACUAACCAUCUUCACACACAUUUACACAAGGCUGCUGAUGCUACUGGAAUAAUAUUGGGGCUCAGUGAGUCCACUGACCAACCCUCUGAUUACAAGGCAGAGACCACCAACUCUUUUACUGAGCCAAUGCAGCCCCAAAAUGAAACCAGAGUACUGAAUACAUGGCUACUAUCACAGGGCAGCAAUCUGCUUUACAGCACAAAGCAGAGCUAGUAAUCCUCUCCUAAUGUCUUUGUUUUAAUAAUUCAGAUUCAUUUAUGGAGGCAGUCAUCAUUUUUAUAUCCCAGCAUAAAUGCAAUUUGGUUUAAUGGAUAGUUGUUUAGAUUUAGUAUAAUAUACCAGCCUAUCAUUGGGGCAGGCAUUGGCUCCAUGAGAGCCGACAAGCAUGCUCUGUAACUUCAUGUCAGUUUUAAGCACCUCCAAUUAAUUCUUCUCUUUUCCCCCCUCAUUUUUUUAGCAGUUUUUUCACAAGUAAUAGAGUCCAGAUGACAACAGUGGGUCAGGUAAUAUUUGACAGGUGUGUUAGAGCUGUUCUGCAAGUCAUUCCCAACAUGUGAGCUAUUAUAAACAGGUUUAGCACCAAUGAAACUCUGUGAGUGUCAUGAUUACUCGGUUUUUGACAUCCAGCCAAAAUGAUUUUGAAAACUCUGGUUUUGCAUUUGCGUGUGGCCACAGCUUCUUUCAGUUUGUUGUUGAUGAGAAAACUGAAAGAAUGUAUGUCGAAACAAAAGAUCCAGGGAUCGUUAUGAUAAACCGAACUGAUACUAUGAAACUCAAGUGUGCAUUCGUUGCUAGAACAGUAACCAAAACAAAGCGAAAGCGACCAGCUAUCUUAAAAUAUAGCAAUUUCCACCAAAAAUAGAAUGGAUGUCCUCCAUGUUUUUUUGUUAACGCAGGGAGAAACGUGAAAGUCAUGUGUUGUCUUUUUGUCACAGAAAUGUUGGAAAUAUAAACAGAUCUUGUAUUAUACUUUGAGCCUUGUGACGAGGAUGAUGACAAGGCCAACUCAAUCUGCUCUCAGUUGCAGGAUAACAAACUACCAAACAGUUACCAAAACAAAGUUAAAGCGACAAGCUAUCUAAAAAUAUAGCUAUUUCCACCAAAAAUAGAAUGGAUGUCCUCCAUGUCUUUUGUUAACACAGGGAGAAACGUGAAAGUCAUGUGUUGUUUUUUUUUGUCACAGAAAUGUUGGAAAUAUAAACAGAUCUUGUAUCAUACCUUGAGUCUUGCGACAAGGAUGAUGACAAGACCAACUCAAUCUGCUCUCAGUUGCAGGAUCCUAAACUAAGGGCAACAUUCUUGUUCCUGGAUCAUGCCCUGAAACUUCUGCACAAUUUCCAGAAGCAUCUACAGACGAACAGGGAAGCUGCCAGAGAUGAUCUGCUGCUCAUUCUCAAAGAGGCCAAUAGCCUGCUGGGUAUCUACACCUCCUACUUCCUUCACCCUCAAGCUGCUGCCUGCUUCCUCAAAGGACACGAUCCCCAGUUCCUUAAAAACAAGAAGUUCCACCUGCAGACCCCUGAGCUCAGUCUGGGUGGCAAAACUGUGGUAGACUUCCUGUAAGAGUCUGAGGCUGCAAACACACUGCUGUGGCUCACAGGGGAGAUGUUGUCCUUCUAUAUUGUAGUCACAAGUUGCAUUGCAGAGAAGCUGCCUCUUAGUAAGGGGGUGCUGAGGAGUAGCACAGCUGCUAAAUCCUUAGAGCAGAGAGAAAGUGACGGGGAAAGCCGUAGAGAAGCUUGGGACCAAGCUAGGAUUCUGCAAGUCCCCUGAGGAGGUCAGCCAGUCAACAAGUGAAUUCCUUGAGUAUUAGCUGGCAGAGGAUGAAGAGAAGGAAAACCCAGAAGCAGCAUCACUGGAGAAACACGGGGCCAGUAUGCUGAAAGACACUAAGCUGUCUUUCAUACUCAGAAAGCUGAUUUUGACCCUGUUUUCUUUUCAACGACGCACGGACAACAUCUCAAUGCGUGGAGAAUGUCAUGACGAAAUGUGUGUCAUUUCUACUUUUUUUUUCCUGUAUCCCUAGCAACAGCAGCGGCACGGCGAAAAAAAGGACCAUCAGGAACAGGUAGCAGUCGCCUUUAUUUGCGCUUUGGUGCUGGUACUGACUCAUAACCAGUACUUGACACUAUUGGCUCACCUUCUUAUAAUGCUUGCUGUCCUGAUACUUUCUACCAUCUACAAAGCACAUUAUGUUAAUGUCUUUGGCCUCCCUGAUAAAGUGGUCUGUUUCAUCCUCACUCCAAAAGUGUGGUUUCAUCUUUCAUUUCUCCAUUAUCCUUUACUCAAAAGACCAAGAUGGGUCUGGUAAUAUUUGACAGGAGUGUUAGAGCUGUUCUGCGAGUCGUUCCCAAUAUGUGAGCUAUUGUCAACAGAUUUAAUGCCAAUGAAACACUGUGAGUGUCAUGAUUACUCGGUUUUUGACAUCCAGCCAAAAUGAUUUUGAAAACUCUGGUUUUGCAUUUGCAUGUGGCCACAGCUUCCUUUCAGUUUGUAGUUGAUAGUGUCGGUAACUACCACCAUAGCAACAACAAAAUCGUACUAUCGCUACAGUUUCGUUGAGAAAACUGAAAGAAUGUAUGUCGAAACGAAAGAUCCAGGGAUCGUUAGGAUAAACCGAACCGAAACUAUGAAACUCAAGUGUGCAUUUGUUGCUUGAACAGUAACCAAUACAAAGUUUAAGCGACAAGCUAUCUAAAAAUAUAGCAAUUUCCACCAAAAAUAGAAUGGAUGUCCUCCAUGUUUUUUGUUAACGCAGGGAGAAACGUGAAAGUCAUGUGUUGUCUUUUUGUCACAGAAAUGUUGGAAAUAUAUACACAGAUCUUGUAUCAUACUUUGAGUCUUGCGACAAGGAUGAUGACAAGGCCAACUCAAUCUGCUCUCAGUUGCAGGAUCCCAAACUAAGGGCAACAUUAUUGUUCCUAGAUCAUGCCCUGAAACUUCUGCACAAUUUCCAGAAGCAUCUACAGACAAACAGGGAAGCUGCCAGAGAUGAUCUGCUGCUCAUUCUCAAAGAGGCCAAUAGCCUGCUGGGUAUCUACACCUCCUACUUCCUUCACCCUCAAGCUGCUGCCUGCUUCCUCAAAGGACACGAUCCCCAGUUCCUUAAAAACAAGAAGUUCCACCUGCAGACCCCUGAGCUCAGUCUGGGUGGCAAAACUGUGGUAGACUUCCUGUAAGAGUCUGAGGCUGCAAACACACUGCUGUGGCUCACAGGGGAGAUGUUGUCCUUCUAUAUUGUAGUCACAAGUUGCAUUGCAGAGAAGCUGCCUCUUAGUAAGGGGGUGCUGAGGAGUAGCACAGCUGCUAAAUCCUUAGAGCAGAGAGAAAGUGACAGGGAAAGCCGUAGAGAAGCUUGGGACCAAGCUAGAAUUCUGCAAGUCCCCUGAGGAGGUCAGCCAGUCAACAAGUGAAUUCCUUGAGAAUCAGCUGGCAGAGGAUGAAGAGAAGGAAAACCCAGAAGCAGCAUCACUGGAGAAACACUGGGCCAGUAUGCUGAAAGACACUAAGCUGUCUUUCAUAUUCAGAAAGCUGAUUUUGACCCUGUUUUCUUUUCAACGACGCACGGACAACAUCUCAAUGCGUGGAGAAUGUCAUGACAAAAUGCGUGUCAUUUCUACUCUUUUUUCUGUAUCCCUAGCAACAGCAGCGGCACGGCGAAAAAAAGGACCAUCUGGAACAGGUAGCAGUCGCCUUUAUUUGCGCUUUGGUGCUGGUACUGACCCAUAACCAGUACUUGACACUAUUGGCUCACCUUCUUAUAAUGCUUGCUGUCCUUGUCACGCCCUCUACUUCUAGGGCCAGAUAGGGGCAGCCUCUCUUUUCUCUUCUCCCCCCUCCCUCUUCUCCUCCUCUCCCUCUCUCUAAGCAGGUGUUGGUGUGAUGCAGCUUCAGGGCGGACAGGUGCAGCCAAUUUCUAAUCAGCGGAUCGAUCCGUGUGGCGGGGAGAGGAGCGCUCUCAUUCAUUCACCCGCUGCCAUAAAAACCGGACACUUCCCACAACCCGACGCUGGACCGUAACCUGAAAAUCCCUUGCCCACUCCGCCUGCUCUUCCCGCCUGCGUACCCAGCUCUCCUGCUUUCAUCCCAGCUCCGUCCAGGACGCCGCCUCACGCCAUCACCACCUGCCUCUCCCCCUCCAGUCGGAGAUCACGGACUGCCUGCUCACUCGCUCUCUCGCUAGCUCUGGUAGUACCCGACCCUGUCUCGCGUUUUGCAGACAGCGUUUUUUGUUAAUUGUUCUGACCCUGUCUCGCGUUUUGCAGACAGCGUUUUUUUGUUAAUUGUUCUGACCCUGUCUCGCGUUUUUGCAGACAGCGCCUUUUGUUAAUUAUUACUGUUCCAGUCUCGCGUUUUGCAGACAGCGCUUUUGUUAAUUAUUACUGUUCCAGUCUCGCGUUUUUACAGACAGCGUUUUUUUUUGUUAAUUAUUACUGAUCCUGUCUCGCGUUUUUCAGACAGCGCUUUUUGUUAAUUGUUACUGCCCACCUUAGUUCCGUUUUCCUAUUUCUGUUUGCAUUUUUGGGAUCAAAUAAAUAUCUGUUUAACUGAACUGCUCUGUCUUGAGUCUCUUUGUCCGCAUUUGAGCCUCGGUGCCUGAACCGUGACAGUCCUGAUACUUUCUACCAUCUACAAAGCACAUUAUGUUAAUGUCUUUGGCCACCCUGAUAAAGUGGUCUGUUUCAUCCUCGCUCCAAAAGUGUGGUGUCAUCUUUCAUUUCUCCAUUAUCCUUUACUCAAAAGACCAAGAUGGGUCUGGUAAUAUUUGACAGGAGUGUUAGAGCUGUUCUGCGAGUCGUUCCCAAUAUGUGAGCUAUUGUCAACAGAUUUAAUGCCAAUGAAACACUGUGAGUGUCAUGAUUACUCGGUUUUUGACAUCCAGCCAAAAUGAUUUUGAAAACUCUGGUUUUGCAUUUGCAUGUGGCCACAGCUUCCUUUCAGUUUGUAGUUGAUAGUGUCUGUAGCUACCGCCAUAGCAACAACAAAAUCGUACUAUCGCUACAAUUUCGUCGAGAAAACUGAAAGAAUGUAUGUCGAAACGAAAGAUCCAGGGAUCGUUAGGAUAAACCGAACCGAAACUAUGAAACUCAAGUGUGCAUUUGUUGCUUGAACAGUAACCAAUACAAAGUUUAAGCGACAAGCUAUCUAAAAAUAUAGCAAUUUCCACCAAAAAUAGAAUGGAUGUCCUCCAUGUUUUUUGUUAACGCAGGGAGAAACGUGAAAGUCAUGUGUUGUCUUUUUGUCACAGAAAUGUUGGAAAUAUAUACACAGAUCUUGUAUCAUACUUUGAGUCUUGCGACAAGGAUGAUGACAAGGCCAACUCAAUCUGCUCUCAGUUGCAGGAUCCCAAACUAAGGGCAACAUUAUUGUUCCUAGAUCAUGCCCUGAAACUUCUGCACAAUUUCCAGAAGCAUCUACAGACAAACAGGGAAGCUGCCAGAGAUGAUCUGCUGCUCAUUCUCAAAGAGGCCAAUAGCCUGCUGGGUAUCUACACCUCCUACUUCCUUCACCCUCAAGCUGCUGCCUGCUUCCUCAAAGGACACGAUCCCCAGUUCCUUAAAAACAAGAAGUUCCACCUGCAGACCCCUGAGCUCAGUCUGGGUGGCAAAACUGUGGUAGACUUCCUGUAAGAGUCUGAGGCUGCAAACACACUGCUGUGGCUCACAGGGGAGAUGUUGUCCUUCUAUAUUGUAGUCACAAGUUGCAUUGCAGAGAAGCUGCCUCUUAGUAAGGGGGUGCUGAGGAGUAGCACAGCUGCUAAAUCCUUAGAGCAGAGAGAAAGUGACAGGGAAAGCCGUAGAGAAGCUUGGGACCAAGCUAGAAUUCUGCAAGUCCCCUGAGGAGGUCAGCCAGUCAACAAGUGAAUUCCUUGAGAAUCAGCUGGCAGAGGAUGAAGAGAAGGAAAACCCAGAAGCAGCAUCACUGGAGAAACACUGGGCCAGUAUGCUGAAAGACACUAAGCUGUCUUUCAUAUUCAGAAAGCUGAUUUUGACCCUGUUUUCUUUUCAACGACGCACGGACAACAUCUCAAUGCGUGGAGAAUGUCAUGACAAAAUGCGUGUCAUUUCUACUCUUUUUUCUGUAUCCCUAGCAACAGCAGCGGCACGGCGAAAAAAGGACCAUCUGGAACAGGUAGCAGUCGCCUUUAUUUGCGCUUUGGUGCUGGUACUGACCCAUAACCAGUACUUGACACUAUUGGCUCACCUUCUUAUAAUGCUUGCUGUCCUGAUACUUUCUACCAUCUACAAAGCACAUUAUGUUAAUGUCUUUGGCCACCCUGAUAAAGUGGUCUGUUUCAUCCUCGCUCCAAAAGUGUGGUGUCAUCUUUCAUUUCUCCAUUAUCCUUUACUCAAAAGACCAAGAUGGGUCUGGUAAUAUUUGACAGGAGUGUUAGAGCUGUUCUGCGAGUCGUUCCCAAUAUGUGAGCUAUUGUCAACAGAUUUAAUGCCAAUGAAACACUGUGAGUGUCAUGAUUACUCGGUUUUUGACAUCCAGCCAAAAUGAUUUUGAAAACUCUGGUUUUGCAUUUGCAUGUGGCCACAGCUUCCUUUCAGUUUGUAGUUGAUAGUGUCUGUAGCUACCGCCAUAGCAACAACAAAAUCUUACUAUCGCUACAAUUUCGUUGAGAAAACUGAAAGAAUGUAUGUCGAAACGAAAGAUCCAGGGAUCGUUAGGAUAAACCGAACCGAAACUAUGAAACUCAAGUGUGCCAUUUGUUGCUUGAACAGUAACCAAUACAAAGUUUAAGCGACAAGCUAUCUAAAAAUAUAGCAAUUUCCACCAAAAAUAGAAUGGAUGUCCUCCAUGUUUUUUGUUAACGCAGGGAGAAACGUGAAAGUCAUGUGUUGUCUUUUUGUCACAGAAAUGUUGGAAAUAUAUACACAGAUCUUGUAUCAUACUUUGAGUCUUGCGACAAGGAUGAUGACAAGGCCAACUCAAUCUGCUCUCAGUUGCAGGAUCCCAAACUAAGGGCAACAUUAUUGUUCCUAGAUCAUGCCCUGAAACUUCUGCACAAUUUCCAGAAGCAUCUACAGACAAACAGGGAAGCUGCCAGAGAUGAUCUGCUGCUCAUUCUCAAAGAGGCCAAUAGCCUGCUGGGUAUCUACACCUCCUACUUCCUUCACCCUCAAGCUGCUGCCUGCUUCCUCAAAGGACACGAUCCCCAGUUCCUUAAAAACAAGAAGUUCCACCUGCAGACCCCUGAGCUCAGUCUGGGUGGCAAAACUGUGGUAGACUUCCUGUAAGAGUCUGAGGCUGCAAACACACUGCUGUGGCUCACAGGGGAGAUGUUGUCCUUCUAUAUUGUAGUCACAAGUUGCAUUGCAGAGAAGCUGCCUCUUAGUAAGGGGGUGCUGAGGAGUAGCACAGCUGCUAAAUCCUUAGAGCAGAGAGAAAGUGACAGGGAAAGCCGUAGAGAAGCUUGGGACCAAGCUAGAAUUCUGCAAGUCCCCUGAGGAGGUCAGCCAGUCAACAAGUGAAUUCCUUGAGAAUCAGCUGGCAGAGGAUGAAGAGAAGGAAAACCCAGAAGCAGCAUCACUGGAGAAACACUGGGCCAGUAUGCUGAAAGACACUAAGCUGUCUUUCAUAUUCAGAAAGCUGAUUUUGACCCUGUUUUCUUUUCAACGACGCACGGACAACAUCUCAAUGCGUGGAGAAUGUCAUGACAAAAUGCGUGUCAUUUCUACUCUUUUUUCUGUAUCCCUAGCAACAGCAGCGGCACGGCGAAAAAAAGGACCAUCUGGAACAGGUAGCAGUCGCCUUUAUUUGCGCUUUGGUGCUGGUACUGACCCAUAACCAGUACUUGACACUAUUGGCUCACCUUCUUAUAAUGCUUGCUGUCCUGAUACUUUCUACCAUCUACAAAGCACAUUAUGUUAAUGUCUUUGGCCACCCUGAUAAAGUGGUCUGUUUCAUCCUCGCUCCAAAAGUGUGGUGUCAUCUUUCAUUUCUCCAUUAUCCUUUACUCAAAAGACCAAGAUGGGUCUGGUAAUAUUUGACAGGAGUGUUAGAGCUGUUCUGCGAGUCGUUCCCAAUAUGUGAGCUAUUGUCAACAGAUUUAAUGCCAAUGAAACACUGUGAGUGUCAUGAUUACUCGGUUUUUGACAUCCAGCCAAAAUGAUUUUGAAAACUCUGGUUUUGCAUUUGCAUGUGGCCACAGUUUCCUUUCAGUUUGUAGUUGAUAGUGUCUGUAGCUACCACCAUAGCAACAACAAAAUCGUACUAUCGCUACAAUUUCGUUGAGAAAACUGAAAGAAUGUAUGUCGAAACGAAAGAUCCAGGGAUCGUUAGGAUAAACCGAACCGAAACUAUGAAACUCAAGUGUGCAUUUGUUGCUUGAACAGUAACCAAUACAAAGUUUAAGCGACAAGCUAUCUAAAAAUAUAGCAAUUUCCACCAAAAAUAGAAUGGAUGUCCUCCAUGUUUUUUGUUAACGCAGGGAGAAACGUGAAAGUCAUGUGUUGUCUUUUUGUCACAGAAAUGUUGGAAAUAUAUACACAGAUCUUGUAUCAUACUUUGAGUCUUGCGACAAGGAUGAUGACAAGGCCAACUCAAUCUGCUCUCAGUUGCAGGAUCCCAAACUAAGGGCAACAUUAUUGUUCCUAGAUCAUGCCCUGAAACUUCUGCACAAUUUCCAGAAGCAUCUACAGACAAACAGGGAAGCUGCCAGAGAUGAUCUGCUGCUCAUUCUCAAAGAGGCCAAUAGCCUGCUGGGUAUCUACACCUCCUACUUCCUUCACCCUCAAGCUGCUGCCUGCUUCCUCAAAGGACACGAUCCCCAGUUCCUUAAAAACAAGAAGUUCCACCUGCAGACCCCUGAGCUCAGUCUGGGUGGCAAAACUGUGGUAGACUUCCUGUAAGAGUCUGAGGCUGCAAACACACUGCUGUGGCUCACAGGGGAGAUGUUGUCCUUCUAUAUUGUAGUCACAAGUUGCAUUGCAGAGAAGCUGCCUCUUAGUAAGGGGGUGCUGAGGAGUAGCACAGCUGCUAAAUCCUUAGAGCAGAGAGAAAGUGACAGGGAAAGCCGUAGAGAAGCUUGGGACCAAGCUAGAAUUCUGCAAGUCCCCUGAGGAGGUCAGCCAGUCAACAAGUGAAUUCCUUGAGUAUCAGCUGGCAGAGGAUGAAGAGAAGGAAAACCCAGAAGCAGCAUCACUGGAGAAACACGGGGCCAGUAUGCUGAAAGACACUAAGCUGUCUUUCAUAUUCAGAAAGCUGAUUUUGACCCUGUUUUCUUUUCAACGACGCACGGACAACAUCUCAAUGCGUGGAGAAUGUCAUGACAAAAUGCGUGUCAUUUCUACUUCUUUUUUCUGUAUCCCUAGCAACAGCAGCGGCACGGCGAAAAAAAGGACCAUCAGGAACAGGUAGCAGUCGCCUUUAUUUGCGCUUUGGUGCUGGUACUGACCCAUAACCAGUACUUGACACUAUUGGCUCACCUUCUUAUAAUGCUUGCUGUCCUGAUACUUUCUACCAUCUACAAAGCACAUUAUGUUAAUGUCUUUGGCCACCCUGAUAAAGUGGUCUGUUUCAUCCUCGCUCCAAAAGUGUGGUGUCAUCUUUCAUUUCUCCAUUAUCCUUUACUCAAAAGACCAAGAUGGGUCUGGUAAUAUUUGACAGGAGUGUUAGAGCUGCUCUGCAAGUCGUUCCCAAUAUGUGAGCUAUUGUCAACAGAUUUAAUGCCAAUGAAACACUGUGAGUGUCAUGAUUACUCGGUUUUUGACAUCCAGCCAAAAUGAUUUUGAAAACUCUGGUUUUGCAUUUGCAUGUGGCCACAGUUUCCUUUCAGUUUGUAGUUGAUAGUGUCGGUAACUACCACCAUAGCAACAACAAAAUCGUACUAUCGCUACAGUUUCGUCGAGAAAACUGAAAGAAUGUAUGUCGAAACAAAAGAUCCAGGGAUCGUUAGGAUAAACCGAACCGAAACUAUGAAACUCAAGUGUGCAUUUGUUGCUUGAACAGUAACCAAUACAAAGCUAAAGUGACGAGCUAUCUAAAAAUAUAGCAAUUUCCACCAAAAAUAGAAUGGAUGUCCUCCAUGUUUUUUUGUUAACGCAGGGAGAAACGUGAAAGUCAUGUGUUAUCUUUUUGUCACAGAAAUGUUGGAAAUAUAUACACAGAUCUUGUAUCAUACUUUGAGUCUUGCGACAAGGAUGAUGACAAGGCCAACUCAAUCUGCUCUCAGUUGCAGGAUCCCAAACUAAGGGCAACAUUAUUGUUCCUAGAUCAUGCCCUGAAACUUCUGCACAAUUUCCAGAAGCAUCUACAGACAAACAGGGAAGCUGCCAGAGAUGAUCUGCUGCUCAUUCUCAAAGAGGCCAAUAGCCUGCUGGGUAUCUACACCUCCUACUUCCUUCACCCUCAAGCUUCUGCCUGCUUCCUCAAAGGACAUGAUCCCCAGUUCCUUAAAAACAAGAAGUUCCACCUGCAGACCCCUGAGCUCAGUCUGGGUGGCAAAACUGUGGUAGACUUCCUGUAAGAGUCUGAGGCUGCAAACACACUGCUGUGGCUCACAGGGGAGAUGUUGUCCUUCUAUAUUGUAGUCACAAGUUGCAUUGCAGAGAAGCUGCCUCUUAGUAAGGGGGUGCUGAGGAGUAGCACAGCUGCUAAAUCCUUAGAGCAGAGAGAAAGUGACAGGGAAAGCCGUAGAGAAGCUUGGGACCAAGCUAGAAUUCUGCAAGUCCCCUGAGGAGGUCAGCCAGUCAACAAGUGAAUUCCUUGAGAAUCAGCUGGCAGAGGAUGAAGAGAAGGAAAACCCAGAAGCAGCAUCACUGGAGAAACACUGGGCCAGUAUGCUGAAAGACACUAAGCUGUCUUUCAUAUUCAGAAAGCUGAUUUUGACCCUUUUUUCUUUUCAACGACGCACGGACAACAUCUCAAUGCGUGGAGAAUGUCAUGACAAAAUGCGCGUCAUUUCUACUUCUUUUUUCUGUAUCCCUAGCAACAGCAGCGGCACGGCGAAAAAAAGGACCAUCUGGAACAGGUAGCAGUCGCCUUUAUUUGCGCUUUGGUGCUGGUACUGACCCAUAACCAGUACUUGACACUAUUGGCUCACCUUCUUAUAAUGCUUGCUGUCCUGAUACUUUCUACCAUCUACAAAGCACAUUAUGUUAAUGUCUUUGGCCACCCUGAUAAAGUGGUCUGUUUCAUCCUCGCUCCAAAAGUGUGGUGUCAUCUUUCAUUUCUCCAUUAUCCUUUACUCAAAAGACCAAGAUGGGUCUGGUAAUAUUUGACAGGAGUGUUAGAGCUGCUCUGCAAGUCGUUCCCAAUAUGUGAGCUAUUGUCAACAGAUUUAAUGCCAAUGAAACACUGUGAGUGUCAUGAUUACUUGGUUUUUGACAUCCAGCCAAAAUGAUUUUGAAAACUCUGGUUUUGCAUUUGCAUGUGGCCACAGUUUCCUUUCAGUUUGUAGUUGAUAGUGUCGGUAACUACCACCAUAGCAACAACAAAAUCGUACUAUCGCUACAGUUUCGUCGAGAAAACUGAAAGAAUGUAUGUCGAAACAAAAGAUCCAGGGAUCUUUAUGAUAAACCGAACCGAAACUAUGAAACUCAAGUGUGCAUUCGUUGCUAGAACAGUCACCAAUACAAAGCUAAAGUGACGAGCUAUCUAAAAAUAUAGCAAUUUCCACCAAAAAUAGAAUGGAUGUCCGCCAUGUUUUUUUGUUAACGCAGGGAGAAACGCGGCAGUCAUGUGAGCUGAUCCCUCUCAGAUGAAAAAAACUCGAGGGGUAUAAAAAAAAAGUGAAACAGACAUUUGAAGAAAUCCUCAAAACAUAACUGAAAAGAAUGAUGUUUGUUUUGACACCAGAAAUUCUAACCCACUGUGGGUUCUACCUUGCUGUGCAUAUUGUAAGAGUUAUUGUUUUAUUUCUUUUAGGGCUGCAAGAUGACAAGUACAGCUGUUGUGGCUCUAAAUAUUGUUCAUGGUAAGUCGAGUUACCAUUAUGUUUGAACCUGGCCAAACUACCAAAACUUCAGGGAUGUGGAGCACAUGGGCUCAGGUGGUUUACCAAAAUGACAACAACUCAUUCAUUUUCUCCACACUUGUUUUAAAGGACCCCUGAUGACUCUUUCAUUUUCUUUUCUUGUCCCGUUUACCUCCCAUUUAUUUCUUAUAAAAAACUCUUGUGUACACACAGACAUUGUUUCUCCUUGCGCAUCUAAAACAAAACAAAAAAAAAGAAAAGCUAUUUUUUCCUUUGGCAAAAAACAACACUUUUCAAACAGUUUUCUAACAUGCAUUUGACCCUACAGGUGCCUCUCAUUGCCAAAUCACAGACUGGGUUAUUCCCGGAUCUGUUGACAUGACCAAGAUAAAGUUUAAAGCAAAAGAUGAGGACGAUUUAGGACACAACUUCCUCCUUGUUCAGUUUAUUGUGGGGAAACGCUAGAUAAGGAUGAAACUGUCUCUUUGGUCCAUCUUGGGUUUUUUUAUGUUGGCACUUUCAGGCACUGCAUCCGCUUCCUGAACACUCUUCCAUCAGUGGGUGACGAGGAAGAUAAGACAGCUUCAGCAGUGGUUGAAACCAAACAGAAAAUUUAAGUUAUCCACGGAUAAUCUUGUAGCUGUGUACUGCGAUGUAAUGGAGCAGCCUCAGAGACGAUCUGCUCACAGCUUAGGGAACUCAACCCCAACUUCGUAGCCCUAUGAGGGCUGUACACCAUCAUUGAUGCUGCCUGUCAUGCAUUCAUCAAGGAACCCUCCAAUCAAGUUCAGGAGUUAAGGGGGUGCUGAGGAGUAGCACAGCUGCUGAAUCCUUAGAGCAGAGAGAAGGUGACAGGGAAAGCCGUAGAGAAGCUUGGGACCAAGCUAGGAUUCUGCAAGUCCCCUGAGGAGGUCAGCCAGUCAAAAAGUGAAUUCCUUGAGUAUCAGCUGGCAGAAGAUGAAGAGAAGGAAAACCCAGAAGCAGCAUCGCUGGAGAAACACUGGGUCAGUAUGCUGAAAGACACUAAGCUGUCUUUUAUAUUCAGAAAGCUGAUUCUGUUGUCUUUUCGACGACGCACGGACAACAUCUCAAUGCAUGCAGAAUGUCAUGAUGAAAUGCGUGUCAUUUCUACUUGUUUUUCCUGUAUCCCUAGCAACAGCAGUGGCACGGCAAAAAAAAGGACCAUCUGGAACAGGUAGCAGUCACCUUUAUUUGCGCUUUGGUGCUGGUACUGACCCAUAACCAGUACUUGACAAUAUUGGCUCACCUUCUUAUAAUGCUUGCUGUCCUGAUACUUUCUACCAUCUACAAAGCACAUUAUGUUAAUGUCUUUGGCCUCCCUGAUAAAGUGGUCUGUUUCAUCCUCACUCCAAAAAUGUGGUGUCGUCUUUCGUUUCUCCAUUUUCCUUUACUCAAAAGACCAAGAUUCCUUGCAAAUAGAACAUGUGCAGAACAAAAAAUUUUAUACAUGCUUAUAGGCUUAUACAUGACCAAAUAGUUGGGUUAGAGGAGUAACUCAGGGGUGAUUUUGGGGUUUUUAAAAACUGUAGUAUGAGCAUAUUCUGGUUUUUCAAAAUGGUUAUUGGUGUUUACUUGGCCGUGCUUUACAUGGUUAUUGCUAAGAUUCUGGGCAUGAAAGGGUUAAUGACUGCAUGUAAACCUAGCCUUUGGUAUGUUUAUUGAAGGUGUGAAAGGGGGUUUAGCUGAAUUGAAUAAAAAGGUCAAUUCAUUGGAUUCUUCCAACUUUGUAGAUCUGGAUGGCCAUUAUAUGAUGAAGUCAUGUGAAGUCUGUCUCAUGAAGAUAAAUGGUAAAAAAAAAUAGUUAUUUUAUUUUUUUUUAACAAAAGAAGCUUUCACUAUAUAGAGGACAGGCUUUGUGCUUCAUCAGAAAAAAGUAAUUUAUUUUUUGAAAAUGUUAAGGAAAUCUUGAUCUAAGUUUGCAUCACAGAGGAGCUGCCUCUAAGUAAGGGGGUGGCUGAGGAGUAGCACAGCUGCUGAAUCCUUAGAGAAGAGAGAAAGUGACAGGGAAAGCCGUAGAGAAGCUUGGGACCAAGCUAGGAUUCUGCAAGUCCCCUGAGGAGGUCGGCCAGUCAACAAGUGAAACCCUAAGCACUGGUUUCUAUGCCCUUUUCUUCUCUUGA